CAGGAUAUUCGUAGGACGUCUCUUGCUAUCUGGGCAGCGGUUUAUAAUAUGCAGAUUAUUGUUAUCAAUUUAACACGACCCAGGAAAUAUUUUUAAACCUUUCCUGAGUUAUUUUUUAGUCGUUCUUGUAUAAGAUCUGCGAUAUUAUGUUUAAAAAAUUCACCUGUAAUAGUAAAUCUUGAUAUGUAUCCAUUCUGCGUUAUAUUGUUUUUACAAAUAUAUACUGGAUAUGCCCGAUUUUGUGAAGGAGAUGGUUUUCAUAUUCCCGACCAUUGGAAAGAUCGCAGAUGUUUUUCAACAGGGCCAGAUUGUAUACCAUUGGAAGGCCGCUGGUUUGGCGAAGGCAGAGGUAGAACUUUAUACUGUUAUAGUUUUAACAUAAAGGCAGAAAAUAUUUCAUCAUCGUUUAUUCAGAGUGUAUCGAAUUAUCAUCCAGAAGCACUGCAUUCAAUAUUUUUUUAUAGUGAUGUGAGCCUUUUUCCAAUAAAACUUAAUAUAUCCAAUAUACUACCAGGAUCCUUUGAAAAAGUUAACAAGAAAUUAACUCAAUUAUAUUUUGAUAUAAAUAAUAUUAAAAUUAUAAGGAAGGGUGUAUUUAACUCAUUGGGUGAGCUUAGAAUAUUAAGUUUCAAGUUUAAUAAAGUGGAGAUUAUUGAAGAAGAUGCAUUCUCUGGUUUAGAAAAGCUAACACAUUUAAAUUUAAAACACAAUUUCAUUUACCACCUAAAUCAAAAUACAUUUUACCCCUUAAAAAAUUUGUACUUAUUAGACAUUUCUAAUAAUUUUAUAAAUACUGCUAACCAAUCUCGUUUAAGAUUUACCAAUAUUACAGAAUUUUAUCUUGAUAAUAAUGAAAUUAACCAAUUGCAAAAUGUUAUGUUUAAUAAUGUAUCAGUAAAUAUUUUAGAUAUAAGUUAUAAUAAUUUAUACGUUAUUGAACCUGAAGCUUUUCUUAACCAAAAUAACUUAUAUGAUCUUAAUUUAAAUAAUAAUAAAUUAGAUAAACUUUCAAGUAAUUGUUUUUUAGUCGUUCUUGUAUAAGAUUUGCAAUAUUAUGUUUGAAAGUUUUACCCGUAAUAGUAAAUCCUGAUAUGUAUCCGUUCUGCGUUAUAUUAUUUUUACAAAUGUACACUGGAUAUGCAAGAUAUUGUGAAGAAGAUGCUUUUCAUAUUCCCGACCAUUGGAAAGAUCAGCAAUGCUUUUCAACAGAGCCAGAUUGUAUACCAUUGGAAGGGCGCUGGUUUGGCGAAAGCAGUGAUAGAACCACAGUGGGUGGAACUUUAUACUGUUAUAGUUUUAACAUAAAGGCAGAAAAUAUUACUUCAUCGUUUAUUGAGAGUGUAUCGAAUUAUCAUCCAGAAGCACUGCAUUCAAUAUUUGCUUAUAAUGAUGUGAGCCUUUUUCCAACACAACUUUAUAUAUCCAAUAUACUACCUGGAUCAUUUGAAAAAGUUAACAAUAGCUUAACUGAAUUAUAUUUUGAUAAAAAUAAUAUUCAAAUUAUAAGAAAAGGUGUAUUUAACUGUUUGGGUAGGCUUAGAAUAUUAAGUUUCAAGUUUAAUGAAGUAGAAAUUAUUGAAGAAGAUGCAUUUUCUGGUUUAGAAAAGCUAACACAUUUAAAUUUAAAACACAAUUUCAUUUACCACCUAAAUCAAAAUACAUUUUACCCCUUAAUAAAUUUGUACUUAUUAGACAUUUCUAAUAAUUUUAUAAAUACUGCUAUCCAAUCUUAUUUAAGAUUUACCAGUAUUACAGAAUUUUAUCUUGAUAAUAAUUUAAUUAACCAAUUGCAAAAUGUUAUGUUUAAUAAUGUAUCAGUAAAUAUUUUAAAUAUAAGUUAUAAUAAUUUAUACGUUAUUGAACCCGAAGCUUUUCUUAGCCAAAAUAACUUAUAUGAUCUUAAUUUAAAUAAUAAUAAAUUGGAUAAACUUUCAAGUAGUUUACAUUAUUUAGUUAGUUUAAAAAAACUGGAUUUAUCUUACAAUAAUUUGCAAACAAUUUCUAUGGGCUUCUUUGAUCAUUUUAACUAUUUAGAAAGUUUAAACUUGACUCACAAUAAUCUUGUUUCUGUUAUUGGAUUAAAUGUUUUAAAUGUAAAAUACUUAGGACUCGCUCAUAACAAUAUAAAAGAUUUUGAUAUCAAAUCAUUAAAAUCUUUCCCCAAAUUAAAUCAAAUAUCAUUAGAUGGAAACAUGUGGGAUUGUAAAAUUUUAUCAAGUGUUGCCCAAGAAUUAUCUUCCCGGUCAAUUGUAAUUGAAAAGGGACACGAUCGUAAUUUAAGUAAUGUUUUGGGCAUAGAAUGCUCGGAAUCUAACGAUACAACUAAAACAACGAUUGGCGUUGAAAACUCUUCAUUUUUUAAAUAUCUCGAGGAAGGUUACAAAAAGAGUAAUUUCUUUAAGUAUUUGGAUUCACUUAAUAACACAUCAAUUGAUGACAAAAACACUUCAUUUUUUAAAUAUUUUGAGGAAGAUUACAAGAAGAGUAAUUUUUUUAAGUAUUUGAAUUCAUUUAAUAAGGACACCUUAUUAGAUCAAAACACUCCAAUUGUAAUAAUUCUAAUUGCUACUAUUGUAAUUUUGUUAUUAGUUUUAAGCACUUUGGUGUAUAUUAUAGUUAAAUUAUUUAAUAAAAAACCAUUUCAGGAAGAAAUACCACUUAUUUAAUUAGGGCAGAUUUUCUAAAAAAUUGCAUUAAAUAAAUAAAUACCUAUAUUACUACUUUUUAGUAGGUGAUUUUGUAAAAAAUAUUUUAGGUUUAAAAUGUACAAAAAUGUUAACUAAGAAUAAAUAUUUUGUCUGCA